UGCGUGACAACCGUUGGACUAAAUCUUCACAAGUAUGCAAGGUUAAACAACGUGACCAACCCUGCAUUUCCGCUGAAGUUCCCUUCGCUGAUCACUUGAAUAAUUCAGCGUAAGGAAGCUUUACAAUUGAAAACAAUCGUCGUGAACGCAUUUGGCAGUGAAGAACGUGCUUUGAUCACAAAUCUCACUCAGUCGUGGGACCAUUGAUCGUGAGCUUGAUGAGAUGAGUUUCUUGAAUUUGCUUCGAAUACGCACAUACUGGUAUGGUCUUCUUGCACUGCUGUUGCUUCCGCGUGCAGGAGGUCAGAUUGCGUUUACCUCAAAGUAUGGUGGAAACACUGUAACAGGUUUGGUUGGUUCCUCUGUUAGGUUUACUUGGAGCUUCACUGGUGAUGUUAAUUCAGUCGAUUGGGGACUGAAGAAAGCUGGAGUGAAUGCCAUCGAGAAUAACGGAGUAUUGGUAUCUCUAGACAAAAACGAUUCACUGUUAGUAACAGUCUCUUCAGUAUACAGUGGACGUGUGAGUGGAAGCGGUGACGUAUCCUCUGGUCAUGUCAUCUUCACGCUAACCUCAAUCAGAAGGAGUGAUAAAGGAUUUUACGGCUGUAUAAUAAAGCCGACUGACUUUUUUGAUCUGCAAAAAUUUGACUCUGUUUACUUGGCAGUUAAAGAGGCAUCAAAGAUAAGCUUCUCAUCGGUACAGUCAAGCUAUAAUGAGGGAUCAGCGGUCAGUAUCACAUGUACGGCAUCCGGGAUACCAGACCCAGAUGUACAAUGGUACAGAAGUGGAACAGUAAAAAGUUCAGGGAAGAAAGCAGCGUUUCUGACGUUCAGUAGAAUACACAGAACAGAUGAUGGACAGUACACUUGUAGAGCCAACAACUCAGCAGGAAGUGAUGAAAAGCAUAUAACACUUGUGGUUCACUACCCGCCCACCAUAAAACAAGCCGCAGCAUCAGCUGAUAAGUCUUGGAUUGGUCAAACAGUGACGUUGAAGUGUGUGUCAGAUGGUGUUCCUACGCCAACACUCACCUGGUACAAACCUGAUGGAAGUCGAAUAAACAGCGUCACAGCUACACAGAACACAGUAAAUGUGAAGAUGAGCGUGGAUCCUGAUUUUGGUGGUUUCAAGUGCAAUGCUGACAAUGGACUCACUCCUGCUGAUUUCGAGAUAGUGAAAUUAGAACAGAUAAAGAAGCCGGGCUCCCCAACCAUCGCACAGUUAUACAUUCAAUCCACUUCACUAACAGUAAAAUGGACUGCACCAGCUGAUGAUGGAGGAAUUCCUAUCACAGCGUACCGAGCGGUCAUACUAAAGGGUAGCACUGAGAUAAAGAAUGAGGAUAUUACUGACCCUGGUACAACAAGUUGGACUGUGAGAGGUCUGGAGAUAUAUACCAACUACAUGUUGAAGAUACUUGCUAGGAAUGCUGUGUUUGAGGGAACUGCUGUGGAAAAGGCGAUAAAGACUAAGUAUGAAGGAGUCCCAGCGUCAGCGACAAUUAACGAUCUGCCAAAUGAAGUAACAGAUAAUACUAUCACUCUGAAGUGGGACGAACCGCAAAAUAAUGGAAGAGUAAUCACACAGUACACUGUGUACCAAAGAAUAGUGACUGAUGGUAAGCCAGGAGAGUGGAUCAAGCUAACGACAAUUACAGAUGUCUCAGUGAGGCAAUUACAAGUUGAAUUGAAGAAAGGCGAGGUGAAUGAAUUUGUGGUUACUGCAACAAACGAAUUUGGUGAGAGUUUAAUAGAAGAUGGAAAGAUUACGAGAGUCAAGGCAAUCGGAGUGUCACCGACAAUAACCAAGAAAAGUAAAAGUAAAGUAAUUGUUGUCGAGGAAAACGUACUGUACUUGGUGUGCCAAGCCGAGGGUUAUCCCACACCCAGUGUUACUUGGAGGAAAAAUGGCAAGGUGCUUCAAUCAAACAUCAGUAAAACCGACUUCAUCAUUGACGACACCAGUGAAAAAGACGCUGGAAAGUAUGAAUGUGAAGCAUCUAACUCUGUAGGAACAGUGAGUUACACUGUGGAAGUUACAAUCAAAGGUUCGUCGUGUAACGAGACAACUCUUCACAUUAUUUAUAUCAUUGUCAUCCUCGUGUUGUUGAUUAUUAUUCUUAUUCUGAUUAUCGUCCAACGGAGACAGCGCAAUGGUGCGGUGACCUCAAAUACAAAUAGGAGAAAAAAAUGUGCAGAGUGUGGCGGAGAGUUUGUUGUCCUGAAUCCUCUAGCUGUGAAACCUGACCAACAGUCCUCUAGCAACAAAGCGUCUGGUGACUCCGCAACCUAUGCAGCUCCAACCAGGGGAGACUACAUGCCUCUUCACCCUUCGGGACGAACCUGGGAAAUUAACCGAGAACAGGUCAAGAUAACUAAAGUUGUCGGUAAAGGAGCUUUUUCUCGAGUUGCCAAAGCAACAGCGUGGAAUGUAAGCGGCAACGAGGAGCACACAACCGUUGCUGUCAAAAUGUUAAAAGGUACGAUUAGAAAUUAUGAACUAUCGAAGUGCUUGAUCUAAGACUAAAGAUGAUGUUAUUCAAGCCAAUUUUUAAUCCAUGUCACUCGAGACAACUUUCGAUGCAACUUUGUCGCGGUAGCAGCGGUAUGUUACACGAGGGAUUU